AUGUUGUUUACAGGAAAUAAGCUACGUACCAUUACUCCUCUUUAUCCUCUUCCUUUUUCCAAAAAAAACCCUGCUUUAAUUUAUUCCCUUCCAGAAUCCACCCAUUAUAACACCACACCCCAUUUUCCCUCAUUCAUUCAUUCAUUCAUUCAUUCAAACGCCAAAUUGGUACCAUCGGAGGAGUUCACUUAAUUAGUUUAUGGCGUCUACUCAGCUCAGCUUGGAAUGUAAAGUUCAAAGCUAUUCCAUGCUGCUUCAAUAUUCUUUUGGAGAUCAACACCAAGUGCCGCCUAAUUCCGAUGACUUCUAUUAUAAGCUUCAGGAAUUCGUUUCUCGCCUUGAACAAGAGCGCCUUAAAAUUGAUGUCUUCAAACGGGAGCUUCCCCUUUGUAUGCAGCUUUUGACCAACGCCGUGGAGACGUCCAGGAGACAGCUGCAGGCCUGCAAGGCAAGUGAGGCGCCGCCAUCCAAGCCGGUUUUGGAAGAAUUCAUGCCGCUCAAAAACUCCACAACGCCGGAUGAUGAAAAGCCGCCCACAAUAUUGUCGGAUAAGGCAAAUUGGAUGACGUCACUUCAGCUUUGGAGUCGAGCAAAUAAGGAAUAUACUGAUCCACCUCAUUCCCAUAAUAAUAAUAAUUCAGACACUCGUAAACAAAGAGUUAGUAAUGGAGCUUUUGUUCCGUUCAAUAAAGAUCGGAGCUUGGGGCCGGGUUUGGGUGUUGGCGGAGGCGGCGUGAAAGGGGUGGCGGUGGAAAUGGAGUUACUGGAGAAAGGUGAGAAGAAGGAGAAGAAGAAUCAUUGUGGUGAUACUAAUAAUAACGUUGAUGGUGGGAUAUUAACGGCGACGGAGGACAGGGCUGAACGUGGAACAGGGGAGGUGGGAUUGGCUCCCACGACAAGUUCAACUACGACUCAGACACACCGGAAGGCAAGACGAUGCUGGUCGCCGGACUUGCACCGGAGAUUUGUCAAUGCUCUUCGGAUGCUUGGUGGCUCUCAAGUUGCGACACCAAAGCAGAUCAGAGAGUUGAUGAAAGUAGACGGUUUGACGAACGAUGAAGUAAAAAGCCAUCUCCAGAAAUACCGGCUUCACACAGUGAGACGCCCCGGUUUGGCCACACAAGCAUCUGGGUCGCCAGCGGCUCACCUCGUAGUACUCGGUCUAGGCGGGCUAUGGGUCCCACCAGAGUAUGCGAGGUCACCCACCCUGUACGGCCCACCCGCCACGUCCCAUCCGCCUUCCCACUUCUACACCCCGGCUUCAGUGCCGCACGAAUAUUAUACGAGAACGAUAGCGCCGCCGCAUCUGCAGCAACAUCAUCAUCAGGUGCAUUUAUACAAGGGGGAGUCCACGAAGGCGGCCCAAAGCUCGCCGGCUUCGGAGGUGAGGGACACGGCGGAGCGGUCGGAGAUCUUGGAGGAGGAGAAAUCGGAGGGCGGUCAAAAUGGCGAGGACAGAAGAAUUAAAGGGAGAGGAUCGUGGGGGCGGAGAUUGGAGGGUGAAGAAAGUAAUAGAAGUGAAGUUAGUCUGAAAUUCUGAAGAGUUAAUUAAUAUAAUAAUAGCGUAAUUUCUAGAACUUGAUAUGAUUUAAUAUGAACAAAUCAAAUAAUAAUACACAAACCU